UUCGUACACAGCGUUUGGAUUUGUUGGAAGGUUUUUCGGAGGAUUUUUGUUUCUUUCUUCAACGGGAGGAAAAAAAAUAAUUCCAAAUUGUUUGUAGAUUAGAAGUUAAUGUCAGAGCAAUUAUGUAUCAGCGUAAAAAUAACAAAUUGUUGCUAAUAUUUUUAAUUACAACAACGAUUCUGCUGCUACACUCGACUUCGAGGGUCCAGGGCAAGAAAUAUUUACGCUGUGAAUUGGCACGCGAGUUGCUGGACAAAUAUCGGGUGAAUAAGACAUUCCUAUCGAAUUGGAUCUGUUUGAUAGAACAUGAAAGUGAUCGUGACACGAAAAAAGUAACCCCUCUGGGCAAUGGUGAGAGAAAACUUGGCAUCUUUCAAAUUAGCAGCAAAGAAUGCAAUUCCGUGGAUAACAAAGUGACGGCCUGUGAUGUCCAGAAAUAUCCCUGCUGUAAAAUUAAGUGUGAAAAUUUCCUCACCGAUGACAUCAGCCAAGAUGUGGAAUGUGCUGUGAAAAUCUUCGAAGCAAAAGGUUUCCAAUAUUGGAGCGGUUGGAGUACGUACUGUCGUAAUCCCCAGAAUCUACCCAAUUUGGGUGUGGCUUGUGGGAUUUAUUAAAAAAUAGUCCGUUACAAAUAUAAGUUCGAUAUAACCAGAUCUUACCUAACUAUUUAUCAAUAUCACUUACCUGAAAUAAAAAGAAAAAAUAUAUUUUUAAUAAUAAA